CAGCAGACUGACAAAACAUUGAUGCCCCCUAACGGAGUCGAACCGGUGACCUCGGCAUUACUAGUGCCGCGCUCUACCAACUGAGCUAAAGGGGCUUUGUUGUAUAUUUAGCUUGAAACACGUUAAUUACUAAGUUUCUGACGCUGGCGAGAAUCGAGUGGUCAAACUUCAGCACAUGUUCAAACUUCAGAGGCAGACGAGGCAUUGGAGGAAACGAAAGCAAGCAAACAAAACCGUCAGAACCAGAAUCUCAAAGAAGGAAUCGGAGCAGAAGAACUCUUCAGAAAGCACCAUCAGCAUCUGGAUGAGUUGAUAGCAAGAAUGGUAGACCCAGUAAAAGUCCCUAGAACCCACGUCUGCUACCGCUUCUUGUCUCAGUCUUCAUUACGUUUCGGUUCCGGCGGCCGCGAAACAGGUGUGCAUCAAACACGCAUCAUGAGUCGACCUCCCCGCAACCGCGCGGACGAAGGCAAUGCCAACCACCCACCCACAUUGUCGCGAGCGCAUCCACGAUCAACAUCAUCACAACCGCUAGGACCAAGGUCUCGCCAACCAUCCCGCAUACACUGGCAAGGUCAGGAGCAGAGUUCAAGGAAUGAGAGAUUGCCUUACGCAAGAUACAGCGGGCCAGAUACCCCGACGUGGAUGCAGUUAAGGGACUUCAGCUCUAUUCUGCCACCCCCUCGUCCAGUUUCUGGGCCUUCAAGAGAAAUGAUACGGCGACCUUCGGCUCCAGAACCUCCAUCGUCGCAGAGACAGGCGCGUGUCUCGGGUGCUGGGACUGUCGAGAGAAUGGUGGGAAGACACGAAAGUCGCAGACGUUCCAUCGAUGCGGCAAUCGCGACUCGUCAAGAUACCAGAGUGACGCAAGCUCAAAGAUACCAGUCCAGGUCUGAAAAUCGCAGAGUCGAUACGAUUUAUCAUCGCGAAGAAGUGACGACGCUUCGCAGACGUUUCUUUAGAGCUCCAGAGUAUGAGGUGAGGCGCUUUGAUGCUACGACAAUACGCAGAAAUGGUGGCGAUGAGUCAAGGCAGGAUGUGGGAGCCAGACGAGUGCGUGAUAGACCAGAUGAUCAAUGGUCGACGACAGCUACGGUCGGAGGCGGUGGUCGAGGUCGUGUGUUCAGAAGAGGCAGUCCGGGUCCAGAACGUCAAGACGAGCGCAGAGGUCGAGGGGAGCGUCGUUCAUCACGACGAAGAUGAGGGAAGCAAUGAGCAACCACUUCAUCCUGCUACGCCAUGCUCGGUUUUGACUUCCUUGUCUGGUUGUUGUUGUUGUUGUUGUUGUUGCUGCUGCGACUUCUCUUCAUCCUCCUUUGUCCAUCCCCAUGGCGAGACUUCAGCAGCUGGAGCCAAAUCACUGUCCUUCCCAUAGCUCUCUUUAGUCCUCUUCAACAAGUCUUGCAUGUCAUUGCUCUCCCAUUCUUUCCUUAAAUCUUGUACGCCGGUGACGGCACCAAUAGCGGCCUUCUUCAGGCCGACGAACGCAGCAGAUUUGGUGGUUGCGGGGCGAGUGAGCGGUGAGAUCAGACCUGGGAUAGUCGUUCGUAGUGCGGUUACCU